ACGGCGUCUCGUGUUUUAACCGUCACGUGUUUGCAGUAGGUAAAGGCAGGGUAUAUGGAAUAACGUUUGAGCGCAUGCAUACGUCAGUAGGACGAUAACAGAUACGUUAGCUAGUCACGAACUAGUAUUACCAGAAAAAAUAAACCAAAAAAGUGUUCUUCCGAGGGUGUACCAUGCCAAAGGAGUACGGGAAUUAGGACGACAAAAGCAGUCAACGGCGACCUGGAACUGUCAUGGAACGGCUUUCGAGAGUGGCAUGUUAUUUUCGAUGGAUGAGAAAUGCGACAACUCAUGAUGCAAGUGAAGUGGAGGACGAACGUAAAACUAUUGAGGUUGAACGAUAUCGGAAUGUGGGAUGCAAUUUCGAAGCCCCGAAGCGACUUUGUGGCAUUUUGGAGAGUAUCCUUUUUUGGGAGAACUCUGUGUAUAGUAUCUCUGUCGUCAUUGUAUUCAAUAUACUGUUUUGGGGUAUUAUUGUAUUAGAAGUUCGUGGCUUUGCUGCAGCCAGUAGUGCUGCAUUGGUUGUUGUUCUCUGUUAUAGUACUUUGGAAACUCAAGUUCAAAAAGAAAAUAAAGCAUUGGACAUAGCUGCUUCAUACGCAAAGGCAGAACAAAGUGAAAAAAUAGGAAAGAGAAUAAAAUCAGCAAUUAAUAAUUUGAAGCAAUUGAGAAAAGAACAACCAGGCGUGUUUUGUGCUGCUGUAUGCUCUCUGUCUUUGGGUUUGUGGAUUAUUGGCCGUACUAUAAAUGGUGUACUUUUUACAUAUACAAUAUGCAUGAGCAUUUUACUUGGUCCUGCAUUAUUGUUAAAGCUACCUAGCAAAAUGGUAUUACAUAAAGAAUGGGAUAGUGAAAUUGAAGAAUUUUUACCAGCAGUAACUGAAGAUAAUCUUCAAGUUCUUACAAGAGCAGGAGAGUCAGGAGAUCAGUCUCCAACACCAACAAGUGUAUUAUCUGAUGCUGAAUUUUUUAACGAUGAAGACCUUAUAGGUCUUAAAAUGCCAUCACAUGAAGAUGAAAGUACUGAUAGUGCAGAAGUUUCUGAAUUAGAGCUUAGUGCUGAAGAAACUGAUGUGGAUGGUAUUAAAUUUCGAAGUGGCCAUUUUAAAAAGGGAUCAUCUUCUGAAGAAGAAGCAGAACUUGAACCUAUACCAAGCAAUUUAGCUAGCCAUAGUGAUGAAAGUGGUAGCGAAUUUGAAAUAAUUGAUGGUCAUGAUGUUGAUAACUUAAAUAUUGCAUAAAAUGCAAUGAUAUGUAAACUGUGAAG